CGUUUUAAGUCCCCUCUUCUCCUGACAGCACGGGCCGAGCGACCGCGACCGACACACUUCAUAAGCCGGACAGCGUUUAGCUGGCAGUCCGUAACAAAGUUGAAAUGAUAAUUAUCGGACGACGGCGUAAUAACGACAAGUCUGAGCGAUAUAAUGGAAACACAAGCCAUAUUACUAUCUGCGACUCUUUUUCACAAGCACAGGCAGGUAGAAGUUGCUCUAAACCGCAGUGUCUUGGCGUGGAAGGAAAUUGAGAGGAGCAGAAAACAAACCUCUGGCAUCAGUAACAGUGCUGAAACAGCACACAGCCAUGCUGUUCAGGUGUGUGAAAUAGUGGCUGUCCGCAAGACCAAAGAUGAUGACCAAGACAGCAAAGAGACCAGGAAGAGUCAGAAAAAAGCAAAGCAGCACUCUCAGCUGUAUCCCCAUGCAUUCACAGUUUCCUACAUUAGAAGAACAAGGCAGCACCAGUGGCGAUGUGCUGAUGUCACUUUCCACUCUGCCAAUCAGGGACUCUGCGAGCAGUGGAUCCAAGUUAUCAAUGAGCAACUGUCAUUACUCACCAACCGACCAAAGAGCCUUCUGGUGUACAUCAAUCCCUACGGAGGAAAGCGGCGCGGGAGGCGUAUUUACGAGCAGAAGGUGGCUCCACUGUUUCGCCGCGCCUGCAUCUUAGCCGACGUGAUUGUUACAGAGCGAGCCAAUCAUGCCAGGGACCACUUGAAGACGGAGGCCAAUCUAGAUAAAUAUGACGGGGUGGUGUGUGUGGGUGGAGAUGGGAUGUUCAGUGAGAUCCUGCAUGGGUUGGUCACCAGGACCCAAACAGACAAUAGAGUGGACCAGAACCAACCAGAUGCUGAGUUGGUGCCGUGUUCUCUACACAUAGGGAUCAUUCCUGCCGGGUCCACUGAUUGUAUCUGCUUUGCCACAGUGGGAACCAACGAUCCAGUUACUUCUACUUUACACAUCAUCGUGGGUGAUUCCCAGCCGAUGGACGUGUGUUCAGUUCACCACAAUGACGUCUUUCUUAGAUACUCAGUCUCAUUGCUUGGCUACGGUUUCUAUGGUGAUGUACUGACAGACAGCGAGAGGAAGAGAUGGCUGGGUCCUGCUAGAUAUGACCUGUCAGGGGUAAAAACCUUUCUGAGUCACAACUAUUACGAAGGCAGCAUCUCUUUCCUCCCCGCUGAGAACAACAAGGGGGACCCCAGGGAUAAGCUGCAGUGUCGAUCCGGGUGCCGCAUCUGUCAGCACAAGCCCUCAUCAAAGGACACACAGUGGGAGAUGUCAGAGGAGAAGGAAAAGUCUGAUAAAGAUGGCAUGGGUGGUUGGAGUGUGAUCCGUGGAAAGUUUAUUGCCAUUAACGCGGCCAGUAUGAGCUGCGCGUGUCCCCGCAGUCCACAAGGCCUGUCGCCCUCUGCUCACCUCGCUGACGGCACCACAGACCUCAUCCUCGUCAGGAAGUGCUCCCGUCUGAACUUCCUCAGACACCUCCUUCGACACACCAACAAAGAAGACCAGUUUGACCACUCGUUUGUGGAGGUCCACCGGGUAAGGAAGUUUCGUUUCCAGCCGCGGCAACAUGAGCUGGUUUCACUAGAGGACCUGAGUGAUGGUCCAAAGAAGACAGGCUUCAGUCCCAUAUGCUCCGCCCAAACAACCUGCAACUACAGCACCUCCCACAGCAGCUGGAACUGUGACGGGGAGAUCCUGCCUCACGCUGCCAUCCAAGUCAGUGUCCAGUGCCAGUUGAUCAGGCUGUUUGCCCGCGGUAUCGAGGAGCAGCAGCAGUGUGUGUUAGAAGAUCCUUGUACACUUUGGGCCCUGGAGCCAAGCACAUACCAGUCAGUGGACUGAGGACUGGACAUUUAGCUGCUAGAAAACCAAAACUGAGUUGCACUUGGCAAGAGUUUCCUGGAAAAAUACAUGCACAGCAUCAGUGUUAAUACCAAACGCUGGCGACCCAUACCUCCUUAGUGUAUUUGCUUAAAUGCAAGAAGUCCUCUCAAUGCACAAGAAAGUGUGUUUAUAAAAAAUAAAAAUAAAAAGCUGAAAAGGCUCCCAUCGCCUGGCAUUCAAAGAGAAAAAACUGAUGGCUAAAAAGUUACAUUGCAGGAUCUGUUACUGAAGAAAUUCAGUUACAGUAUGUCCUUGCUGCCAUGUGGAGCUGUUAAGUGCAAAAUUGCCUCAUGCAGCUUUAACUAACCCCAAAAUAUGAUAUGAUACAGCUGCUAGUGCCAGCGCUGCCAUAUUCAAACCUCAGAGUCAGUUUUUUUUUUUAAUCUGUACUUUUUUGAAAAUGGAAGAUUGUGAAGCUCAAAGGAUCCCAAGCCACCAGAUGAAACAGCUGAACUGGACUGAGCUGGACUCAGCCACAACAGUCUGCGGAAGGUUUUUAUCCUACCAUGAAGGAGAACACAAAUAGGAUUUCUCCCUGUAUAGCAAAGAGAGACAGCCAAGGAGAUACUGCUUUGUGACAAGGAUGAAGAAGAAAGGCCUGUGAAGUACACCGAUAAACUGAAAAGACAUAAUGCAAAAAAAAAUAAAAAUCUUCAGUUUUUGGGGAGGAAAAAACAUUUAAUCUGUGACCCAGGUGGAAGCAGAUAUGAGCCAAGGGCACUAAUGAAAAGAGCUGAAUACCCUGCUAAUACACUAACAGGACCCCGGUGAAUUCUGGGUAAUAAGGCAAAGUGGUUGCUAAGUGAUUUGGUGUGUCUCAGCACUGCUGCGGUGCACCUGUGGCUCUGAGCUUUGUUCCUCUCUUGCCGAAAACUACUGACAGUUGAAUCAUCAUCACCUGGGAUUAGCCAGAAUUAUACAUUGUUAACUUCAAUUCAUGAUAAUCCAUUGAAAAAUUUGCCUUAUUAGCACCUUUUCAUAAAACCAGACAGACCAUCGGAAAAUGCAAUGGUAAAACUGUUUUAAACCACAUGCACAAUAAUAUUAUGUUAGGAUAAAUUGUGUUUGUGUGUGUCUGUUUAGGGUUAAGUGUGUUUUCCACAAUCCCUUUAGGGAUGUGCAAUCAUUGGUGUGUGUGUGUGUGUGUGUGUGUGUGUGUGUGUGUGUGUGUGUGUGUGUGUGUGUGUGUGAGAAUGUAUUUGUGAAGGUGCCAAUGUGAUGAGUUGGCUCUAUCACAAUUAGCCUCAUGACUGCCAUUUUGCAGAUGCUCUCUUACUGCAGCCAAACACUGCUAACACAAGCACCUAUAGAUGAGCAAAGACAAGCACACACAGACGCACACUUUCUUCUAUUAUGCUUUUUCAUAUAUUCGUUGUGUAUGUGUGUCUAACUCUUGUUAAUACUGACUCUGAAUGUCUGUUGUAAUUCACCUUCAGUUCUCACUUUUGUCACCUUACAGUAGGUUCUUUCAAAGAACUGGAUGCGUUUAAAUCCUCUGUGCACACACACAAACACACACUGAAAUGUAUGCAAACACACACAGAAACUGUGAAAGUGAGAAUUGUUUUCUGGUAGGCUAUGACCAAAAGGAUUUGAAAAAGAAAGAAUUUAGCAAUUUAUGAGUGACAAUGCAAAGAAAGUUGAACUGGAAUUUGAAUUCCCACUCUAUUUGGUCUAAGGAAACACAUGCUAGCACGCUAGGAAAACUAGCUUAGACUCAUGGCUUCCACUAGGAAGCUUGCUAACAUUAGCACUGAUUACCAGACAUUGCUUCUUGUUUUUGCUAUUUCAAUACCUGCUGAGUGAGUACCUACGGUUAUCCUGAUUUCUUUGCAAAAAUUAAUUCUAAUUUCAGUUUGACUUAAAGUUUUUAUUCAAUCUUGCUGCUCUCCAUAUUCGAGUAAACAUAUAAGCUGUGAUGCGAGUAGAUACAUGAUUUAUUCUCUGAAAAUGUUCAAUAAAGUCCUUUAAAAUGUG